UUGCGGCGCGAAACUGCUCUAUUUUCUGACUUUCAGAUCCACAGCGAGCUUCUGCCUCAGUAUCUUUCCGUUUUAUUCGGUGUUCUAGUACGUAUUGGAUCCACGGCUUCAAAUUAUGUUAAAGUACGCGCUUCUAUGCUUGAUCUAGUUAAAAUGCUGUCACAACGUGAUGACUGGUCAGCAGUAUCACCAGAACGUGCUGAAGAGCUGGCCAAAGUAGUGGCCGUGUGCCUCCCGUACGAUUCGCUCACCAAUCCUACAGAUGUAGUGGGGGUGCUGCAAAUAUACUGCCGCGCAAAAUUUGCUGCUUCAUUCGUCCGCGAUCCUUUCACAUCUGUGGCCUUAUUGAAACAGACGGCUUGGUUGCGAACGGAAUGUGCUUUGGUGCUUCGUGGUGGUGCCACUGCUGCACCUCCUGCGUACAGCUCGCUAAUCGCCGAUGUUGAUGCUUUGGCAAAACAGCAUGAGAAUCUGCGCGCGUUCUCCGUUGUCGCCAGAGAACUUACAGUCGUGUGGAGCAGGAUUUCGGAUCACAAAUUUGGAGAAUCACUGGUAACAACGUGGAAUUCCUAUAUUGAUGCGAAUGUUGAGUCACCACUAGUACUAAUGUCACUGAAUACGAUAAUUGGAUCACUCAAUUCGGACCAGAUAGCAACUGCAUUGAAAGUGAUGGAGAAGACUAUACGGGCGUACUUUAAACGAACUUGUUUCUCAUGGGCUGAAUUGAUGGAAUGGGCGCUAUGUCCUGCAAGUCUCUCCCUUACCGUUAGGGAUUAUUUGCUGAGUGUUUCAAGGUUCUUCCAACAAAGCCCAUCCGCUAAUGCUCACAACAGCUUGGUUGUUGAGAUUCUUGCCGACCGACCAGUAACGUUACUUCGGCUCUUCAUGGAUUUCAUCACCAGUAUCAAACCCAAGCAUGUUUGGUGCGAAGCUUCGUUCUUGCUACUGAUUUGGCAAGAAGUCCGAUGGCUGGCUGAUUCCGUCAUUGCGGCUCAUGCCAACCCUGGCUCUACACUAGAUGAUCGGCUACCAUCCUUCAUGCGAUGGUUGAAUAAGGCCGCCAAGGAUGAGUCCAGUUUCAUUACAAAUCUGAUAACUAGCAAAAAAACGGCUCACUCUCCUCGACUCAGAGCAAUUCUAACGAUUCUCGAGUUGUAUCUGAUGCAGCAGACGAUGGGAGAAUCGCAGUUACCAAGAGCCACCGAAAAUGCCCCUGUUCUGAAUAGUCGAAUCCAUGGCCUCAAAGAAAUUGCGUCUAUCAAAGCUAAUCAACAGUUUGCAGCUGCUUUUAACAUCGCUACACCAUUCUUCGUACAAGUGGAUUUACAUCAUAUCGGUUCUGCUCCGAACCUUGUUCUGCAAUGUUCGAGAGCCCUAUACAAAGAGAAAUUUCUUAUGGAUAUGUGA